CCUCUCCAAGCUGAUGGUCUCUCCAAGAUUACCCUAUCAGGUGCAAACCGCUGACAUGUUUCCACCCACCAACAACAAAAAAGCCUCUCUGUGCCCAAAUCUCAAGCCGCAGACGCACAAACACCACUGACAGGCACUGCUGCGCCAUCAUCAGACCCCAAACCUCUCCAGGGAUCCGCUGCUGCUGUUGCCGCUGCCGCCGCGAUUUCCACACUACUUGUUUUUUUGUUUUGUUUUUUAAACAUAACUUUUUUUGUAUGCCUGGAUACGUUUGUUUGCUCACUUUUAGCGUGCUGUUUUGUUGGUGUACGGGCGUUUUAUUAUUCACCACUUUCCCCUUUUCCACCGCAGCACUUGGUAGAAUAAAAUGACCCAUGCAAGGUGUAGAAAUCCCCCGCAGGUACGGACGGCGUUGAGGAGCCUGUGAUCUCUGGAGCAACAGGAUUGGGAUUGUGGGGAAACUUGGCUAUAGGUGUGCAAAACUCAAAGGAUAUUUUUUGAGCGAGGGGAUUUUUUUUGGAGAGGUUCAAUUCUGAAUCCGUUCCACUCUUGGCACCGAUUUAGGGAGACGUUGCGGGAUUUCGGGGAGCGGAGGAGACUGAGUUAAAAAAUAAUCUUCUGGAUAAUCCCCCCCCCCCCUCCCCCCCCCAACAAGGAAACACCUAAUGUUGCACUCCGUGACUCUGUUGCUGCUCUCUAGUGAUCUAUCCUUACAUUGGGAUUCAAUCUCCUACUUACCCCCGGAGUUGUGUGCGUAAAGGACGUACAGGGAAGCGAAAGCAAUAGAGAGGGGGGCGAUAUCGCCAACCUUUCCUGGGGCUCUAAAUCUUUGGAAGCAGGUGUAUUUCUGCGAGUCAAGAUGUCUGUGCUGCCUUCGAGGUUCAUAUACCUGUGUUUACAUUUUCUGGUACUCUAUUUCCAGCUACAGGAAUCCCAGCAGACCUCUGCCGAUUUUAGGUUUUACAUUGAGAACCACACAAGGAACCCGGACGACCUGAGCCGUAAGCAGGUCCGGAUCUAUCAGCUCUACAGCAGAACUACAGGGAAACAUGUCCAGAUCUUGGGGAAGAAAGUCAACGCCAACGGCGAUGAUGGGGGCAAGUAUGCUCUUCUUGUUGUCGAGACAGAAACCUUCGGGAGCCACAUUCGAAUAAAAGGAAAAGAGAGCGAACAUUACAUUUGCAUGAAUGAAAAGGGCAAAAUAGUCGGAAGGCCCGAUGGAAGGAAGCAGGAGUGCGUCUUUGUCGAGGAAUUCCUGGAGAACAACUACACAGCUCUUGUGUCGGCCAAGUACAAAGGAUGGUACCUUGGCUUCAACAGGAAGGGGCGGCCCAAGAAAGGCUCGCGGACCACGCAGAGGCAACAGGAAGUCCACUUCAUGAAGCGCCAGCCGAAGGGCAGGCCGGACCCGCUGGAGGAGUUUCGUUUCACCACAGUCACUAAGCGGACACGAAGGGCUCGGCGAUUAAAACCCAACCCCAAGAGGAACUGAUGGGACCAAUGUGACAGCACUAAUUUUCCUCGGGGGAGGGUGGGGGAGAAACAAAACUGUAACUUAAAAACUCAAGCUUCUUGUCUUAAAAAAAAAAAAAAAAUCACCUUUAAAGACUUCACUUUUGUAAAAGAAAGACAGACAAAAAGAACAAAAAAGUCAAAGAUGUUCUAUUUUUGUAUUUCAGGAUGACUGACUAUUUCCUAACUCUUGGAUUCUUCUGGGUUGAUGUCAUUGUGCUAACGUGUCUGUCAUGUUAUUUAUACUGGAUAAACUAAAGGACCUCUGAGAGAAUUCCUGUCGCUGUCGUCCUCAGCUACGUUUGAACUGCAAGCUGAAGACGUACUUUUUUUUUUUUUGACAAUGGGGGCUGAAGCACGAGCUGACUCAAUGUUAUAAAAAUCAGCCAACUAGAGAUUUAUUGGAAUACCUGUCGGUUUUUGUUUGUGUUGCCCCUGACAACGCGGAUCCCAUACUUUCCACUGGAAUCAGACACCAUGGAGAUGAAACGGAGAGAAGUGGCAGUCGCAGGUGACCCUGUACUGCCAGGAUAACUGUAGCUUUGAGUGCAAUAUUUUACAGGGCUCUCUCUUUCUCUCUCUCUUUUUUUUUCCAUAUGUCUCUCAACCUCAGCUCCACUCGUGGCUCCUGGAAUGCGCUGAACCCUCCGAGUGCUGUGUGUGAUUUCUUUGACAUUUCCAUGCAGCCUGUGAUUCAGCUAAAACACGACAUGCUUUGACUAGUCGGGCACCAGCCGUGGCUUUAGUCUUGUUUAAACACCUAAAAAGAAAACAAUACAAACAAAAAAUAUGAUGUGAUUCAUAAUUCCACCAAGUCUUCCAACUUCAUCACAUUUGGGAGACGGAUGUUAAUCCCUCUUGUCUCCCCUUGGAUUCACUUUUUUUAACAGCUCUUCCUCACGUGUGUUAAGUUGUUCCAGAAGAAGAUGCCUUGAUUCUUUGAGUGUGAGCUAGCUAAUAUUUUUGGGCCUGGUGAUGAAGACUUCCACUACCUCCGUGUUCUUUUUGUUUAUCUUUACCUAGUAUGACUGUCUGUGUUCAGUUAAUCUCAAAAAUCUUUCAGUAGACGCCGUUUUUUUUUCUCUCUCGUCCAAAAUCAUCCUUUGACUGUGAGCUCAUCUUCGUUCCUUUCACUCUCGCUGGAUGUCUUGGGGAAAGCUUAUCCCUGUGCUUGUUUUGUCACACCUGUGAUCCACAGACAGGGAAACUGUAGCUCUGACCACCCCUGAUCACUUCCUUAAUCCACAUUGGACAAUUUAAGACUUCUCCUCAGAAACCCAGUUGACCAGCUUGUCCAGGAUUAUGGGAACGUUUUCAGCGACAUGUGGUAGAGUUUGUGUCUGUAACUUAAAGGGAAAAGUUUGUGCUUCUAUCAUUCCUUCUCUCACUGACGACAAACUCCAGCCUCGUUUCACCAGUAGUAUGUAUUUACCUGUCUGCUGGCAGGUUUUUGUAUGAGUUGCUACUAACAACAUGACACAUUUAUGAUUUUUUUUUUUCAAACAAAUGUAAGCAAAAAUAAUUUUAUGACUAUUAUUAAGAUAUUUAUUGCCUCCCUUUGUAAAUAAAAUGUGAUGAGUUUUAUUUGGCCUCUGUUAAUAAAAUGAUGACUAUAUUUAAAAAAAAAAAAA